GCUCCCUCAAUAUAAACACCGCCGGGAGUUUCCGAAAAAUCACAUUCAGACGUCAAGACUGAACAAUGGUUAACAUGAGCUAUCGCCAAUUUUUACUAAACUAUCCACAUUCGAGUUCAAGACAGUCGAGAAGGCGAGCGAAUAAAAGAAAAAGGAAUUGUUGGAACAAACUAUCUCCAACACAUUGGCAGACUUGAUUAACAGAGACUUUCUAAAGGUCCAGUGUGAACCGUGUGGCCGAGUAUCUGUGCGUUGCGACUGAUUGGCGAGAUGACUGCCGAGUGGCUACACCUGCCCCCGCCGUACCCCCCUGGUGUGGGGCCGUUGUGUGGUGCAGAGUUGGAGGCGUGGUAUGAGGACCUGCAGGAUAUUCUGGGCUCUGACACGGGAGGGGCAAAACUGGCACGUGCCCCCACAUGCACCGAGAAGGAGCCAGAGUUUCUGGAUGUUCUGGAGAGUUGUUCUCUGACAUGGCUGACGGACGGAAGCCAGUCGUGGGGCGAAGGUGUCCAGAGGGCAACAGAGGAGAUCCACAACACCCAGCCUCUGCAUCACACCUCAUCGUCAUCCUCCUCCUCGUCCUCCUCCUGCAUGAGUCCAGCUGUUGCAGAGGAGCGGCAGGCGGAGGCUGAGAGCGGGAGAAGUGGAGAUAGCUCGGCUGGAGGCGGCGGCGACCUGCUGCCUCCAGAGUUCUUCGAGUUGCUGAGUGAAGGAGGAGUGGGAAUGGUGGAUGCGAGCGGAGCGGUGAUCAGCAGCGGCUAUUAUUACCACCACCAUCAACACCAUCAGGCUAACAACGUCCAUCCCGCAUCUCCCUCAGCCAGCGAGGAGGAACUGCCCUGUGUCCCCGAUUCUCCGUCCUGCUCCUCCUCAGCCUCCCAGUCGCCAUCUCAAAAUUGUUCCUCCCCCUCCUCACCUGUCUCUUCACCUUCCGUCUACCCGUCCUCACGCCUGGGAAAACGCAAGAGGACCACCAGCGAGAGGGCCAACGGUGCCUUGUCCUCUUUCGCCUCCUCCACACAGCGCACAUCCUCAUCUUACUCGUCUGCCAAAAAGAGUCGCAAAGAAAGAGAGCAGGAGAACGAGAGGAAGGUACAGGAGCUGACGGAGCAGAACGAGCGCUUGAAAGCGGAGAUUGAAAGGCUGGGAGAGGAAGUACAGAGGACACGUAGAGCCCUGAUAGAGAGACUAGUCAACACCAGGAAAUGAGGAUAAAAAAGAUAAGGAUGGAAGACAGGAAUAAAAGAUGACAGGUCCUACAGAAUUGGAAUAAGCAGUGGUGGGGAAAGGUGUAACAUGGUGGUCAUGAAAUGCCUCUUAGACAGAAAAGGAUGGAAACCAAAGAUAUAAUUUAUGAGAAAGAGGAUUUUUUUUUGGAAAAGAGAGAGAGCUAAAGAUGGCAAGAAGAAGGAAAGUGAUGAAAGUCAAGACAAGAAAAGGCUCAGAGAGAAAGGGCUGCAACAGCAAUGCGGCAAAUAAAAAGACACAGCAUGUAUAAAGGAAAAGGAAGAACAGACAGCUCUUAAGUGCAAAUCAUACAGUGGUUCUGAUGAAUGUUUGUCAUUUUAAAAAAUGCCUAACUCAAGUUUCAUCACACAGGAUGGUAGAAACAACAGUUUUGAGCAUUUGAUGAUUUGUAUGUAGGACAGAAAGGAACUUAAUUCAGAGAGUGCAUUUCAUCGUCAUCCCUUCCCACCAUUUUGCAAUAAAUUGUAACUCCUACUUUAAGGGCUGCAAUCUGGCUAGUAGAGAUUAUUUGCCCCAAUUUUGUGGAGAGUUUAGGAGCUCAGGAAAAGUUUGAAAGUGCCCAGUGCAGUGUGAGAAUGAGAGAAUGAUUUGAUUUUUUUUUUUUUUUUUUGGAAGAGAAUUCAUACCCUUUCUUACUUUUAUAACCCAUGGCUUGUGUGUAUGUGUAUUUAAAUGAAGCAAGUAGGACCCGGCUAUACUUUCUAAGCUGACCUUUUCUAUCAAUAUGGGAAUUUGUGGUAGAAUUAUUAAGCUGUUCUACCGUGAUUUACUAUUUUUAUACAACGCUGUAAUAUAUACAGUUGUACUGUAAUGGCUUGUACUGUAAUAUGCCGACAUAUCCACUGUUAUUUUCUCAUUGUAGUCACAGAAAUUGUUAAUCGUAGAAUAAUAUGCAUGGCUUUUAUCACUGAUGGCAUCAGAUACAUGUAUUUUACCAUACUGUUUAUUUUAUCCUUCAUUGUAAUUCCAAAUUUGCAAUAAAAGAAAAAAAUGCAA